AUGUCAAUCGGCAAGUUAUGUGAGUUUGAUGUGAAAUCCGGGACGUGGUCAUCGUACAUUGAUAGACUGGAGAUGUACUUCAAGGUUAACAAGGUCGACAACGAAAUGAGAUUACCGACUUUGAUCGCGACUAUGGGUGAUGAAGCAUACGAAUUACUAGUAAAUCUUGCAAGUCCCAAGAAGCCAUCGGAAUUAACAUACGGACAGGCGGACGAUUUGAUGCGUCAUCAUUUGCAACCGACGCCGUCAUCGUUAGCGGAGAGGUACCGAUUCAGACAGAAGCGACAGGGGAACGGGGAGGACGUCGCAGCCUACGUAGCAGUUUUAAAAAAGAUGUCUCGCAAUUGUAAAUUCGCGGCGAACUUAAAUGAAAAUUUGCGAGAUCAGUUUGUGUGUGGACUCAGCAGUGACGUCAUUCGGCAACGGCUGUUCGCGGAGGACGACUCCAUAACAUUCGCACAAGCAGUAAAAUUAGCGAGUUCUCUGGAAGCGGCGGAAAGGGACGCGGCCGUAGUUGACGUUGCGUGUGAAAGGUUAUCGCCGGGCACAAACGCUAUGUGUGAAGUGCAUGCGCUCACGCCAGGCGGCAGGGCGCCGCGCACUUACCGAGCCGGCGGGGCGCCGCACUAUGGAAAACCGAGUGCGCCGCCGCCGCCGCAGCGCAGUCACCGAGCUGGCGGAGCGGGAUCGGCUCGCGCGGCAGCGCGGCCACAUGCGAGGCCAGCGGACACACAAGGACCGGCGGGCACGGGGUCAACGAAUUGUGAGGCUUGCGGAGCCACAAACCAUAAUUCAAUUACGUGCCGAUUCCGGGAGUACGUAUGCAGUAAAUGUCAUACUACGGGGCAUUUGCGACGGGUGUGCCCGGAACAGGAGAGGAGGGAGCACACAUCGCAAGGGAAGCAUUCUCAUCGCCGCGGUGGACAGCGAGGAGGUUUUUAUUUCGGUGACGUCGGUCGCGGAUCAAGCGAGGAGGAGGACGGGGACAUCGAGGAGAAUUUAAACCUUGUAGCAUUGAGUAAUUAUAAGGCAGUGAGUAUUCCGGUUUCCAUUGAUAAUAAAAUUAUUAAUAUGGAGGUAGAUACGGGAACCCCUAUCUCGUGUAUUAGUAAAGUGACUUAUAAUGACUAUUUUUCGCAUCGGGGCAUAGAAAGUGACAAUACCGUGUUAAGAUUUUACGAUGGUUCGAAAAUUAAACCGUUAGGUAUAAUACGGCCCCGAGUUCGGUACCAGGACCGAAAUGCACGCUUGGAACUGUUUGUAAUAGAAGACGGCACCACCUCAUUAAUAGGGAGGCAAUGGUUGGCAGAACUUCAAAUAGAUAUUCCGAAAUUUAAUUGUAAUUUUGUAUCUAGUCAUACCGCUGGACGUUUAGAUAAGGAGAUUUGUUAUUUACUCGACAGAUAUAAGGAAUUAUUCAGCGACGGACUGGGGCGGUAUACGGGAGGCAAGGCAACGCUGCGCGUGCGAGAGGGAGCGGCACCGGUGUUCUAUCGCGCGCGCCCGCUGCCGUAUGCGCUGCGCGAGCGUGUAGACUCCGAGCUGGACGCUAUGCUGCGCGCCGGCGUCAUCGAGCCCGUCGACUGCUCCGACUGGGCCUCGCCGCUGGUGCCUAUCAACAAAGCUGACGGUACACUUAGAAUCUGUGCGGAUUACAAAGCGACUUUAAACCCCGUUUUACUGAUCGACCGUUACCCGUUGCCUAAGAUAGACGACGUAUUGGUAGGGUUAAAUGGAGCACGUUAUUUUAGUAAGAUAGAUUUAUCUCAAGCUUACAAUCAAGUAGAAUUAGAUGAUUCUAAAGUAUAUACGGUCAUUAACACUCACCGAGGUUUAUUCCGUUACAAUAGAUUAGUUUACGGACUGGCGUCUAGUGUAGGUAUUUUUCAACGAAUAAUGACGAAUCUCUUUAGAGGAGUGCCUAAUGUUCAAGUAUUUUUAGAUGACGUCAUAAUAGGAGGCAAAACAAAAGACGAGCAUCUGGAGGCCUUGAGUUUGGUGCUACAAAAAUUGCAAAGCAACGGGCUUAAGCUAAAAAGGAGCAAGUGCGUAUUCUUAGUAAAUGAAGUAACGUAUUUAGGUAAUAUUGUAUCAAAGGAAGGUAUAAAAGCGGAUACAUCUAAAAUAGACGCAAUAAAAAAAAUACAGAAUCCAAGAAAUGUGCCUGAAUUACGCUCUUUUCUGGGUUUGGUAAAAAGGUUGUUAACUGGGGCGGACGUGUUGGCGCAUUACGAUCCGGCGCGAGCGGUGGUGGUGACGUGCGACGCCAGCCCGUGCGGGGUGGGCGGCGUGCUGGCGCAGCGCGACGCGGCAGGCCGCGAGCGCCCGGUGGCGUACGCCUCGCGCUCGCUCACGCCGGCGGAGAGAAACUAUUCACAAAUCCAUCGGGAGGCCCUAGCGAUAGUGUUCUGCAUGAAAAAGUUUCAUCAAUACCUAUACGGGCGCCAUUUUGUCUUACGAACGGAUCAUAAGCCGCUAGUUUCAAUAUUGAGCCCUUGUAAGGAAAUUCCUACAAUGACAGCGAGUCGCAUGCAACGUUGGGCUAUAAUUUUAUCAGCGUACGAUUACGAGAUUGAAUAUGUCAAAUCUAAGGACAAUUGUGCAGACGGGUUGUCGCGAUUGCCAAUUCAUACGAACGGUAAAGAGAGUGAUAAGAUACCUGAGCAAACUUAUUUGCAUUUCGCACAAGACGCUUUACUUUUAAAUUAUAAGGAAAUUAAAAAACACACACAAAGCGAUCCAAUAUUGAGCAGGGUGUUGAGCUAUAUUCGUGACGGCUGGCCUACUGAUUGUGAAAUAUUAGGAUUACAGCCAUAUAUAAAUAGGAAACACGAAAUGUACGAAGAACUAGGUUGCGUUAUGUGGGGCCAUAGAGUUGCAAUACCUGAAAAAUGUAGGGCAAAGGUGCUGGAAAUAAUUCAUGAACCACACAUGGGUAUAGUAAAGUCCAAAGCAUUGGCCCGUAGCUACGUGUGGUGGGCCGGGAUAGACGAGGCGGUGGAAGCGACGUGCCGAGCCUGCGGCACGUGUGCCGCGCUGGCGGACGCGCCGCCGCGCCGCGCGCCCCAGCCUUGGCCGUGGCCCCAGCGCCCAUGGUCUAGGCUACAUAUAGAUUUUAUGGGACCUAUCCAGGGCAGAACUUAUUUGGUUAUCGUCGAUGCUAUGUCAAAGUGGAACACAGAGCACACGUCGACUGGUGAAAGUCCGGCCAUGUUGUUAAUGAAUAGGCGAUUGCGUACCCGUUUAGAUGCGUUAAAGCCGGAUAGAGAAGCUAAAAUACGACUUACACAAAAGCGUCAAGUUGACGCAGCUGGGGGGAAAAAGGAGCCUAGUACAGAUAAAGAGGAGUCCUAUAAGGGCACAGAGAGAUGGGCGGUGAGAAAUCAGUCGGAGGCGUCGACGGGGUCGCGGGCACCGGGGUCGCCGGCUACCGAGGCGGCACUGUCGGACGCUGAAUAUGAAGAGGUGCUGGAACCUUCCGACCAACCCUAUACGAUCACCCCAGAUCCGCCGGAGCCUACCCCUAUGCCGUCCUAUGCUCGUCCAAUUAGGAAAUGUAGGAUAGGGAAAGAGAUUAGUUCCCAAGCCGCAUUGGGCAAAUGCGUGGCCAGCAGUGGGUUCAUGAUGAUGGUUUAUGAAAAAGAAGUUGAUAAGGCUCGAUUGAGGUGGACUUACCACGACCAAAUUGAGGACGUUCAGAAGAAAGUUCAGGACGACAGAUGUGUGUCAGAAUCAUAG